AUGUCGGAAUACGUGAAGGGGCUGAACGCCCCGAAUGCAAAUUGGUUUCAGGACAAGUUCGAGGCCCUGCUGUCCCCCUGCUCAGGUUUUGUCCUAAUUCAGCCGGUUAAGUUUGAGGAAACGGAUGUUGGUGCAUCAACAUUGCUCGUCUCGAAACCCUUGAAAGCGAUUCUACCUUGGCGCAAGGAAGACGAUGACGGCUGUGUUGUAGUUCUCGCUUUCAGGGAAGACUUCGUUUUGUACCGGUACGAGAACGGCGAGAUGGCAGUCAGGAGUCACGGCAACUGGCUUCCUGACCAGGAUGGCAAUAUAGUGGAGACGGCCUUAUUAGCUGGCGAGACGCCACGGGACGAGUCUUUGGCGUGA